UCGAUCUUCAAUUGAAACGUCCCUCUCUCAGACUUUCUUUCUCUAAAGUCCCCCUGCCUUUCGGCAAUUUACUCUUCUGGAGACUCUUCACUAUUCCUUCUUUUCUUCUUUUUCUAUAAUCCUCUAUUACUCCUCCCCGGCCCCCGCCGCCACAUACUCUCUAAACAUGUCGUUCUGGAGAGAAACUUUCCUUAAUUUGCGUCAUGCCGUCCCGAAGACUGUCCCCGGAGAUCGCGCAUGUCGCGCCCAAUCGAAACGCUUUCUUACUUAUUCCUCACGGAGCCCUCGAGUGACUGCCCCCAACCAGUACACAUUGCACGCUAAGAGACCCGGGUUUACUGUGAGUCAACGGCGGUCAUGGAACGAAUUGAACCCAGAAUGCCGAAGCUUUUCUGUCACCGCGGGUGUCCAGCAUGGCCACAUCACACCACCGAAGCCUGGAGAGGAGUAAGUCAUGGCCUAGCUAUGAUGCUAUCUCGUGGAGCAUGCGCUGAUGUGACUCGUUGCAGGCUCAACAUCUCUUUCAUUGACAAGGAUGGUGAGAAGUACGACUUCCAGGUAUCCGAGGGAGACAAUUUGUUGGAUAUUGCGCAGGCCAAUGACCUAGAGAUGGAAGGAGCUUGCGGCGGUUCAUGCGCCUGCUCAACAUGCCAUGUCAUCGUGGAGGACCCCGACGUGUUCGACAAGAUGGAAGAACCAUCUGACGACGAGAACGAUAUGCUGGAUUUGGCAUUCGGACUAACAGAGACCUCUCGGCUGGGAUGUCAGGUUAUCAUGAGCAAGGAGCUUGACGGACUAGUUGUCCGUCUGCCCUCUAUGACCAGGAACUUGCAGGCGAGUGACUUUGAGCCAAAGAAAUGAAGCCCGCAGGGACAAUGUGCCGUGUUGUGAUGGUAUCUGUUUGGAGGAUUCAUACCGCGUUCAAGCAAUACAGUGAAUCAGCAUUUUAGGACGAAUUAGCAAAACGCCGGAGGCCACUUGUUGUGACUGUAUAUUGUACUAUUGGGUAUUCUCAUCU